AUGGUACUGGGGGCGUGCAGGGCGAGGUGCGCAUGCGCAGGCGUAGUGCAAGAGCCCCGCAAUCGCCAGAUCUGCUCUCGGUCCACGCCUGUCCAUCACGCUGCCCGCCUGCCCACCGCCGCCACCGCCGCCGCCGCCGCCGCCUCCGCCGCCGCCGCCGCCGCCGACGCCAGGGGAGUGCAGGUGGAGACUAUCUGCUCCGGAGACGGGUGCACCUUCCCAAAGCGCAGCCAGACCUGUGUGGUGCACUACACGGGGAUGCUUGAAGAUGGAAAGAAAUUUGAUUUUUCCCGGGACAGAAACAAGCCCUUUAAGUUCAUGCUAGGCAAACGGGAGGUGAUCCGAGGCUGGGAAGAAGGGGUUGCCCAGAUGAGUGUGGGUCAGAGAGCCAAACUGACUAUCUCCCCAGGCUAUGCCUAUGGUGCCCCUGGGCACCCAGGCAUCAUCCCACCAAAUGCCACUCUCGACUUUGAUGUGGAACUUCUAAAACUGGAAUGA